GUAUUUCUUUUAGUGAAUAGUUCAAUCAAGGAACAUACCAAGGCAGAUGUAUUAGAUCUAUUCCGGUUUGGUUCGGGAGAUCACUGUAUUUAAAUGUUUUAAAACCAUUAUUGGAAUCGAAAGUUAUGUUGAUAAAGAACUUCUGCUUGGUGAGAAACAUAAGUCGGCAGUUCAUUGGAAUCGAAGGCGUUCGGCGGCGGCACAUGUCAGCGGCUGCAGCAGUAACACAAAGCAAGCCAGUAAAACAAUUCAAAUUAAAAGUUCAAGGAGUACCGGAAAAGAUGCGUGAAAAUCCAAUUGUUAAAAAGAUUGAUACUCCAGAAUUUCGGAGUAUUUUCACAGCCGAACUUGAGACACUGGUGGAUUUGUUUAAAAAAUACAAUUAUGAAUUGCGCAUAGCAGGUGGAGCGGUUCGAGAUAUUUUGAUGAAUAUCAAACCCAAAGAUAUUGAUUUUGCCACAACGGCCACUCCAGACCAAAUGAAGGAAAUGUUUACAGCGGAAAAUGUACGAAUGAUAAAUACAAAGGGUGAAAAACAUGGUACCAUUACACCACGCAUUGACAAUAAGGAAAACUUUGAGGUGACAACAUUGAGAAUAGAUGUGCGAACGGAUGGACGCCAUGCUGAAGUGCAAUUUACAACCGACUGGCAAUUGGAUGCCAAUCGUAGGGACUUGACAAUAAAUUCCAUGUUCUUGGGCUUUGAUGGCACUGUCUAUGACUAUUUCUUUGGCUAUGAAGAUUUACAGAAACGUCGUGUGGUUUUUGUUGGCGAUCCGGCUGUACGCAUCCAAGAGGAUUAUUUAAGAAUUUUGCGAUAUUUCCGUUUCUAUGGACGUAUUGCCCGUGAAGCGAAUGCUCAUGAUGAAGCCACACUGGAGGCGAUACGCAAUAAUGGCAAUGGUUUGGCCGGUAUUAGUGGUGAACGCAUUUGGUCGGAACUGCAGAAAAUAGUUGUGGGUAAUUUUGCCGAGGACUUGGUUUUGCAAAUUGUCAAAUGUGGUUUGGCUCCCUAUUGUGGUUUACCCAAUGAACCAAAUAUAGAUGAGUUUAAGCGUUUGUGUGGUGCUCUAAAAGAUUUUGAAAAGCCCCACAAACCGAUAUUGCUAAUGACAUCCCUGCUAAAUUCUGUUGAAGAUGCCAUAAAAAUGCAUGAGAGAUUAAAAUUAUCGGCAUUUGAGAGAGACCUGGCUUUGUUUGUAACACAACACCGGGAUAAGGUGGACACGGAAUACACAAAACUAACAGACUACUAUAAAUUGUGUGUGCAACCAUAUACGAUAAAGGAAUAUGUGGAACAGCUCCUAAAAUACAAACACAAAACGGAAUUUUACAACAUCCUUAAAUCCUUGGUAAUUCCGAAAUUUCCCGUCACCGGUAAUAUGUUAAACGAACGUGGCUGUCCCAAGUCGAAGAAAAUGGGCAACAUUCUAACACAACUGAAAAUAAUAUGGGCCGAAAGUAGUUUCACCCUAAGUGCUGAGGAGCUACUGGAUAAACAUUUACCCAAGGUUUUGGAAAGCCUAAAAUCUCCCAUACAAUCACCCUCCAAUAAGAAAAUGAAAACCACAAAUUAAGAGCGAGUUAAGUUGGAAUUCAUUUAAGUAUUUUAAUUCAUUUGUUCUUUUUUGUUAUUCUAAUUUUUAUAGAAUAUUUGUAUUGGUCUCUUAAAUCCUUUUUCACAAUGAUCAGGUACACCCAUUAACUGCACUUUUGUAAAACCCACUUCGGAAGACAACAGAUACUCCUCAAAGUUGUUGGGGAAAAAUUUCAUAUUUUUGUAGUUUGUAAAUAUUUGUUCCUGUGAAAUGAAAGAAACGAAAUGAAUGCAAUUAAACGAUAAUGCUAACGAUCUAAAAAA